CUAAUUAUAUAUUUAUUUUCAUGAAGCCUUAAUUUGCUUUAAGUCGGUUGUGUUAGCACGAAAAGAUUUGAUUGCAAAAUAAAUAAACAGUAGGUUAUUAACAGUAGAAUUGUAAAUGGUCUAAAACUCUAAAUUUAGGUUUUAUUAUAAAUACAAGGUUUGAGGAGAACUCUAGUCUUUGGUUGGCCGCUUUCUUUUAUUAGCUUCUCUUCUUCCCAGCCAACCUUUUGGUGUAAACGAUUUUUCUUAUUCAACUGUGAUGGAGUCAGACCCUUCUAACAAACCAAAUGCCCCCAGAAAGAUGAGAUUUGCACCAAAAGCUCCGCCUCUGCGUGUACCAAAGGCUGAAGUCAAAACUGAAGUUGAAAAUGCUGAGACUGCCAGUGCCCAGGCCAGGGAUUUGCUGCGACGUUUCAAUGAAAAUCAAGGUAACAUGAAGACAAAACCAAAAUUUGAAAAAAAAGUUGCAUCUUCACAAAUUGCAUUUGGUUACGGGGGUGGAUCAACUUCUAUAAAAUCAUAUGGUGUUCCCAAAGGUGGGGGUAGCAGUAACAGAGCUGGGCUUAAUGGUCUAACGGAGGAGAAAGAAUACAAGGAACCAUGGGACUAUUACAGUUAUUAUCCUGUAACUCUUCCCCUGAGGAGACCAUAUUCAGGAAGUCCAGAGCUUCUUGAUGAGGAGGAAUUUGGUGACACUUCAGAAACCAUGGAUUAUGAUGAAAGUUCAAUGAAGCCAGCUGAAGAACUUGGUCUAAUGGAGGAGAAUCUGGAAGCAAGCAUGUUUUUUCUUCAGUUACCACCAACUAUGCCUAUGAAAAAGCGAUCAACAACAGGAGAAGGCCAGGAGGCAACUGGAAGCUCAAAGCCACAUGGGGGUAAAAGAACUAUGGAGAAGACGUGUAGUUUGGAUGAGUUACCAGCAGGUUUUAUGGGUAAAAUGCUAGUAUACAAGAGUGGUGCUGUCAAGCUGAAGCUGGGUGAUACCCUUUAUGAUGUUACCCCAGGUUUGGAUUGUAUGUUUGCCCAGGAUGUUGUAGCUAUUAAUAAGGCAGAGAAGUAUUGCUGCAUUGUUGGGGAGCUCGAUAAGCGUGCCAUCUUGACUCCAGAUGUGGAUUCCGUUUUAAGUGGUUUUGCUGAUAUGUGAUGGUAUUUGUUCAUGUACUUUAUAGUAUUGGUUUAUAUUGUGGGGAGGUGAGGAAGCAUAGAAUAUAGCUUACAAUUUUGUUACAUUCUUCUUUAGGAACAAUAGAGAAUAAAGGUGGGAGGUUGCAACAGGAUCUUUUGGAUACCUUUUAGUGGGAAAAAAAAAAAAAAAUCUUAUUUAUUGAACAAAUAAACGAAUAGGAAAAUUUUCUCAAGUUUAGCAAUUGCUAAAACAUGUAAAAUCAUUUAAAUGAAUUUUUUGGAAUCCAUCAUUCACCAAAGGCAUAGGCAUAACUUAGAUUAUAAGUGAUAAAUUAGAAUCUACUACCAAGUGUUCUUGUAGUUUUGAUCCGUAAUUGACAUUCAUGUGAUGUCAGUAAGUCCAAUAAAGUAUGCAUGAUCCAUUAAUGUGAAGACGUCUCUGAUUGAAUCUCUUUGAUUCAUCCUGUUUGUAGUUAAAACUUUUUUAUCACAUGUAAUACACGUAUUAUUUACAUUUGUAUCUGUGACUUGUAAAAG